AUGCAUCUCAUGUACACUCUUGAUGAGGCGGGCAACCGUAUCUACACUCUCAAAAAGGUCACACCCGCCGGUGUCAUCACAAAGAGCGCACAUCCAGCUCGGUUUUCGCCCGAUGACAAAUUCUCCCGGCAUCGCGUGACGGUCAAAAAGCGCUUCGGCGUUCUGCUCACCCAAUCCCCCGCCAAGCCUAUGUGAGGCGCAAGACCGCGCGUAUGUGGCGCUCUGUCACACACUGCUACGAAUCGCAGAUUGAUGUGCCUUAGCCAGACCUCGUCUACCUAGGCGCAGCCGAUUCCAAGGGAAUACAUCGCGGGCAUGCCCUUGCUCGUCGGCGGAAGCGUUCUGCCGGCUGGAGCUGUAUUUGUACUCCACCACACGCAUUUGUAAUACCACUCGCAUCGCAUUCCGGGCUUUCUAAC